AUGGGCGACGACACUGGAAAUAUUUUACCAAGUUUAUAUGAAUAUUACACCUCUGCUGAAGGAAUACACAGUGGCCUAAACUCUGACAAUCCAGAUUUCUUAUUGAAUGGUAAAAAAAUAACAAUUUUUAGUGGGGCUCUGCAUUAUUUCAGGGUCCAUCCGCAGUAUUGGAGGGAUAGAUUGAAAAUGUACCGCGCUGCGGGGCUAAAUUGUGUGGAAACUUAUGUGCCCUGGAACGUCCAUGAGCCUGAAGAUGGCCAAUUUGAUUUUGGUCAAAAUGCAAAGGACAAUGAUUUUAGUUUAUUUCUGGAUAUUGUGAAAUUCCUUAAAAUGGCUCAAGAGGAAGAUCUUUUAGUUAUAUUGAGACCAGGGCCUUAUAUUUGUGCAGAAUGGGACUUUGGAGGGUAA